AUGGAUCAAGUGCUGCAGGGUUGUGAAGAGUGGUCAGCUGCUUACCUGGACAAUGUGGUAAACUACAGUAACACCUGGGAAGACCACCUGGAGACGGACCGUAGAGAGGAUCCAAGCAGCUGGGACCGUGCACCUAGGACUUUCCUAGCCGUGGUCUCCAACACGCUGGCGCCAACACACCUCGGGCCUUGGGUGAACCAGCGGCGAAAGGCGCGGGCUGGACCCUCUCCACCUCCGGUGUUCGAGAUUCCAACCAGGAACCACUUCGCCCCCCUCCGCCAGACCAGACCCAACGCUGUGAUCGUCGGGGACUCCAUUGUGUGGAACGUCCGUGUAGCCUCAUCUAAAGGUAAGGUGCGCACACACUGUUUUUCUGGUGCUUGUGUCCUUGAUGUCGCUGCGCAGGUAUCCGGGAUCCUGAAGAAGGACGAGCGCAUUGGAGCGGUUGUGCUGCACGCGGGGACGAACGACACCAGGCUGCGGCAGACGGAGGUUCUGAAGAGGGACUUCUCCAGCCUGAUCGAGACGGUACGAGGCAGAUCACCCACCGCGAAGAUCAUCGUCUCUGGACCUCUUCCCACAUACAGACGUGGAGCAGAAAACGUCCUAGGUUGUUUCGUCCUGAUGGCCUGCACCCCAGCAGCCUUGGAGCGGAACUGCUUUCAGACAACAUUUCCAAGGCGCUACACUCCAAGUGACUGCCUACCGUAAGUACAUCUUCCAAUAACAACAUUCAGUAUAAUC